AAUGCAUUGCUUAGCCCGUGAUGUAACCCAGGGCUCUGCCCCAGCAGCCGCCUCCCUCGCCCCUGUAACCUCUCUCUGCUCUGACCUAGAACAGAUCUGGCUCACCUCUCAUCCCCACCCUAACCUCCACGGUCCUUCUUCUGCCAGUCGCCAUGGCGUCUCGCUGCCAGGCCGGUGCUUCCUUCCCGCCCCGGGGAGCCCCGAGAGCUGCUCCGUCUGUUCUCCAGGCGCACCUUCCUGGCCGUGGACGCACGCUUCCAUUGAAUUAACCAUGUCGCUCGCCGGUCGGCGGGCCAAGAGAUUUACCUGGUAGCUCGCUCUCGUCUCCAUGGUGGCCGGCAAGCGCUCACGGCGGUCCCUCUCGUCGUCGGUCGAGGGCGCCUCUGGUCGACGGCCAGAAGUGCAUGGCUGGCAUGGUUUUUGUCAUCCAGCACCGUCUAGGUCCUUGAGUAUACAUAGGAUUCCAUAGCUAUGCAGAUUUGACACACCCGUCCAUCCAUCCAUGAUGCUCUGCACAACAGGUUAAUUAGCUGUAUACCCAUCCAGCGGUAAUUUCUCCUCUAAUUAAUCAGAUCAGACGCAACCCUUUUUCCCUCUUAACCAGUCCUUCAUUCUUUUUCAGCAUCCUCUCUUUGUAAUUAACGGUUGAUAUAUGUUGGGAUCCUUGUCCACGGAUGAUUUACUUUGUUAAUUUCUAAAGUAGGUUUUAUAUAUAUCCUUGUAUAGAAGAAGAAUCGAUUGUUGGAACUAGAUCGAAAAUAUGUAUAGUGUUUAGUUUUGAUUUUCUCUUUUGAGAAAAUGUAGACCAAGUUUAUCAGUGUAUCACUCGUACAUACUCCCUCCAUUCGACAAAGUUAGUACAAAGUUGGGUCAUCUAUUUUGGAACGAAGGAAGUACUACCUAGUAUAAGGGUUAGCUAUGAUUUUCUCUUUUUGAUUUUUUUUUGUAGAUAGAGAUACUACUUAUAAUAAGUACUAUGCAUAAGGUUUAACUUUGAAUUAGAUUUACGGAUUUAUCGUUCCUAAGUAGUAUGAAUACGUAUUAGCUCUGAUUUUCUACUUUUGAAAAAAAGUUUUAGAUCAAAAUUUAUUGUUUAUCAUUCAUAAGUACUCUCAAUAUUUCUCUUUGAAAAAAGGAUGUAUAUCGAUGUUUACCCGUUAUCAUCCAUAAGUUAGUUCAAGCUUUCGCUGUAAUUCUUAAUAGUUCCAACCUCAAGUUUUCGUUCAUUUGUGAGUUCGCAACCUUUGUGGCUCCUUUGAUUCACAGGAUUAACAUGUUGUGUCAUGUACUCAUAUUCUUUAACUGAAAGAGUUUGCCAAAUAAUAUUGCCUCGACCUUUCUGCGCCCCUCUGUUAUUACUCGGCAAUGUGCGCACACUUCCGUUGAAAUACAACCAUAUCGGGUGCUGGUGGUUGAGGUGUUUACUUACCUUAUUGAAAAUUGACCAAUGUAUGUCUGGAUCGAUGCUUAAGUUUUUCUUUCACUUGCUAUAGUUAGUUGGUGAUCCAAAGUAUCGUUGUUCUCGAUUUUGCAUCGUUUCCAAGGUGUUUUGUUUGCUCUAAUUUCUUAUGCUGCUGCAUUUCUCGCCCUUAUUCUUUUUCCGUAUUGUGUUUACCACUAAUCAAUAUAUCAAUAUAUUGAUACAAGUCCUUGACUUUUCUUUACCGUCCGCUCACCACUUAGCCCUGGUAAAGGCCCUCUCUCCUGGUACAUCAUACGUAUCAGUGGCGAGCGCAGUAAAAAGUAGAUAAACUAAUGCUAUUGACCACACUGACAUGAGCUUGUCCCCUCUUGUGUCACUUGCAGAUAGGCCCCAUGCAAUGCUCAACACCGGAGUGUUGUGAACUUAAUUGGAAGCAGAAUCGAUACAAGUCCGCGGUACAAUAUGUUUGCCUACACCACUGAUGAUGCCGCCGCCGCCACUUCGGCUAUCGCAAGACCAUUUUGUCCGCCGCUACAUCAGGCGCAAGAUACUUUCGGCCGCCGCUGCCUCAAGGUUGGGUUGCCAUGUAUAUAUCAGCAAGAAAUGGGCCGGAGGAAGAAACGAAGCAAGCCCAGCAGGCUGCCCAUUUGUCCCAGCCCGCAGCACAAGCAGAUGCACGCCCGCAUCCCGCAGCCCCGCAUUGCUCCCGUCCCCUUUGGUAUCCAUUCCGCACCAAAACCUAGAUGCACGCCGCACCAGCCGCCUCCGGCCGGACGCCGCGCCCUUCCUCAGUAGGCCGCCAACUCUAGCCGCCCUUCCUGCUAGUAGCUGCGCGCCUGCGCCCUGCUGCUUCCACGCCGGCGCCGGCCACGGCGACCAGUCUUAAGCGGCCAGCGCCCAGCGGCAGCAGCUUCGCCGACGGCCGGCGGUGUGCAGGCGUGCACCCUGCGCUGGGGUCUGGAGACGUGCAGCAUAGCAAGCUAGCAGCUGGGAGCUGAGCAGCAGCCUGCAACCACUUUGUUUGGCCGAUUUGUCCAGAGCCUCAAGAGCCUAAGCAUCUCAUGGCGAACAUACAUCCUGACUUCAAGAAGAAGAUGGCUCGUGCAGUGGGCAUAGUUAACUUGGAACUAUCCGACCCUUCUGAAGUUCUGCUCCAAGAUGUGGUCAAGGUGUUGGUGGACAGAACCACUGGUGUUGUGAUGCAAAAAGCAUUCCGCAUCUUGGCCUCCCCACUCCCGGUCGAUUAUAUGGACAAGCCAAUCGCAAGACUCUUCCCCAAUCCUGAUGAUUAUUUUGCCCCGAUCGGGCUUGAUUCAACAAUUGGUUCACCAUUCACUAUCCCCUGGUCCGAGUCUUCUUUGAACGAUGAUGUUCCGUAUAUCAUACAUGCUCGUUACCACCGGUUGGCUGGCCAUUUAGUGCUCCUUGCUUCCUUACCAACAGAUGGCGUUGAGAAUGCUUCAAGAGCCGCACAGUUCAAAAACCAUGUCCUUGAAGAGCUGUGUCAUCUGGCUAUCAAGAGCUCCACGAACCAUGUUGAUUCAUUGUUCCUUCCUCAUGCAAUUUAUGUAUGGGUGGUUCGGGAGAUUGAAGAACUUCAUGCAAAGAAGCAAGCUGCAUUGGGGGGCGGUGGCUCCCACCAAGAAAAGCGCAUCAAGUUUCAGAUUCAACAUCUUGAGGGCCUCUUGACCAACGGCAACCUGAAGUAUGGUUGGAAGCUCUUCUGCUGCAAGCAGGUUAUGUCGAAGUCUCUGGAAGGACUCGAGGAAGUUGUUGAGAAGCUCGAACAGCAGGACGAAAACCUGAAGGAGGUGUACCGAAUCCUUGCCCAUGAGCUUCCGGCAGAGUUCAUGAGCCAACCCAUUGGUGACCUUCUCCCUCAUACCAUCUUGCUGGGCCUCCCGCUGGACAUGGACAAGCCGUUCUUUAAAAAAAUGGACAGUGACGUCAACAAGUAUAACCUCGCCAAGAAUGAUGAAAGAGAAUUAUUCGAACUACUGGCAACAUAUCAUCAAAUAGCGCGUCUGAUCAUUCUCCAUGCUUCUCUUGCCCGCAGCGAGGAUAACACCAAAAUUGCAGCAACUUUAAAGGAGCGUGGUAUCUACCCACUGCUGCAGGAGUGUGCCCUUAUGUAUUCAUUUAAGGCUGGCGCGUGCAUGGGAAUUCCUGAACCAAUCGUAAAGUGGGUUGAAAAUGAUGUUGAGCAGCUCAAGAAAAACCUAUCCAAGAUGGAUGCCAGUGGCGAUCAACUCAAACAACGUGAACGUGUUAUAGAAGAGCGUGAAAAUAUUAUCUACCGCACAAUCGACUACUUUGAUAGCAGCUUGUGAACCCUUUUGUUCGCUGACAUCUUGUGCAUGCUUACGCUGUGACAUCUUAUGCGUGCUUACACUCUUGUGGUGGAUGUUCCUAUUUGGUUCUGCUAUCUUCAUCAAACAUAUAUAAAGAAACUGCUUAGCUAUGCAACAAGCUAACAUUCCAUGUUCUCUCUCA